AUGAUCUUUGUCAAUUGUGCUCUUCUACUCGUGACUUCGGUGGCUGCUCAUCGACUCACCAUUCGAAAGGAUGACAUAGUUUUGUCCACUCAACAAUUGAAAAUCAUCCAAACGCGUUCUGCAAUUCCGGUGGUAAAACCCUGGCCAAAUAAAACAAUUCCCUAUAGAAUUAAUGUGGGUUUCACUGAGUCAGAAAAAAGAAGAAUAAGGACAGUUAUGAAGCACAUUGAGGAAAUCUCAUGUGUCCAAUUUACGGAGAAUCUAACGUACAAAGGAUAUCUCUCUAUUAUAAAAAGUGACCAUUCGUGUUUCUCAACGGUGGGUUAUGAACCAAGUCCUUUGGCAAUGAGAGUGGAUCCUUAUGAUUGCGGAGAUCGGAGUGACAUUUUGCACUUAUUCCUCCACGCCUUGGGAUUCUUCCACAUGACCAGCAGGCCAGAUAGGGAUGAAUUCGUGGCGAUUCAGUGGAAGAACAUCGCUGAUUAUGCAGCCUUCAUGAAGCUGUCCGAGGAAGAAAUGCCGAGCUAUGACACUCCUUAUGACUACUUAAGCAUCAUGCAUCCGCACAAGAAGGUUCUUUCUCAGAACUUUGGCACCACAGUUGAAACGACAGACGCAGAAGUGUCGGAUAAAAUUGGCACAGGAGAGACUCUCAGCGAAGGUGACGUUUUGCGGUUGAACGCAAUGUAUGAGUGUUAA